AUAUUAUAUUAUAUACUCUCUUUUUUUGUUUUUAAAUGAAAUCAUGAAAUUAUCUCCUAAAGAAUUACAUUAUUUGAAAAAAGAAUUAAUCAAACUUGAAUUGGAUCGUGAAUGGUCUUAUCUACAAAAAACAUGCCCUGAUCUGAUCACCUUAUUAUCAUCUACUUCUUUUUCUUCAACAACAACGACAACAACUGAAGAUCUUCCAUUUAUUCGGUUCAUUAUGAAUCAAAUCAUUCAACCUUUCCCUAUGAUUCAAGGCCAGACAGAUCAACAAAGAAGUACGUUUUGGACUCAGUGGCAACUAUUUUUGAUAGAGUGGUACCAAAGACAACCUUGUACUUGGAUGCCACCAACAACACAAGAAGCUUUGAAACGUCGUGCAAUGAUCACCAAACUGAAAAAAAUGAUGAUACUUCUUUUGGACAAGUUGAUUCAAUGUGAUAUCAAAGAAGCCUCCUUUUCAUCUUUUGUAUUCAACCAACGACAAUCAUGUGAUCCCAACAAUGCAAUCAUGUAUGAUCCUGCCAUCAUUUAUGGAAUCAACAUUAUCUCAGUUCAAUUAUUCGAUAUACCAAAGCGACAUUUUAUUCAUUCAUCCACCAAAAAACACACUUACUUUAUCAUUGAAACUAAAAAUAACAACAACACUUCUUAUGUAGCACGUCGACAUUCUGAUUUUCGUCAACUCGCCAAACAUCUUCAAUCCCAAUUCCCAGAUCGUAAUGAUAUUCCUAAUGUGCCGACCAAAAUACGCAACAACUAUAACGGAUUACCUUGGCGUGAAAUGGAUCGUCGAAGAUUACGUGGUUUUUUAUAUCGUCUUGCAUCUAUCUCUACCUACCGACAUUGUACACUUUUCCAAGAAUUUCUUUCACCAUCUGUUGGAUUUACAAAUGAUACUGAACAAGGUAUAAUGGUGGCAUUAUUUAACCAUCAUCAUCAUCAUUAUUAUCAGCAAUUAGACCUGGAAGAUGUAAUACGACGACGAACAUUAGAUGCAGCUUUACUAAAGGACCAACAAGAAUAUCAACUUCAUAUCGACCGAACGUUAUAUACAUUAGAUCAAGAAUUGACACAAUUGAAAUUACAACUUUUCCAACCUGGAGGAUGCUCUCUUUUAUUGGACAUGAUCAAAACUACUGAACAUUGGCAUGAUUUACCUAUCUUGAUGAAAAAAGCUUUUGAAUGGGGUCGACUCUGUUUUGCAUUUACAUUGCAUAAGCAAUUGAUAGUGUCUGAUUUAGCCUUGGAAAAUCGAAAUCAACUGAAAAAGACUCAUGCUUUUCUUCCUUAUCGUACCAUGGCCACUUUAAUGAAAAUAUCCAAUCCCAUGCGCAUGAUGAAAACUAUUUUGGACUUGUUUUUGGCAAAACCUUUUGGUGGUCGUAGUCUAAUGCAAAGGGCUAUCCUUAUCAAUCUUCAAGAAGAAAUGAAUUCAAUACAAACGGAUAUUGAUGUAUUGGAAAAAAAAUUAGAUCCGAUGAUUUGCAAAAAACUUUAUAAUGCUGUGAUCACUGAACGUAGUGAUGAUGCUAUGGAUGCAUUGGAAGGACUCUCACAUUCGGAUGCAUUGUUGUUCAUCAUGAAACACCCAGAUAUUGAACCAUGUUUAACAUCAAAUCAAAUUCAAACCAUCAACUUUUCUCAAAGGGAAACAACAACCAUAUGUGAUGAGGAUAGAUAUCAUUGGAAAGAAGUUCAGCGACUUUGGUAUUUAUACGGCAAACGACAAGAUCAAACACAAUGGAUGGACCUUUUACUUCAACAUUCGACAGGAACAUUAUUACAAACUGUAAUGGGAAUUCUCUACCAACCUCUAGCUCAAGUCUACCAGGCCGCUGAUCUGAGUACCACAUUGUAUGAAUUGAAAUCUUUUAUGGAUGACCUCGUCAAGGUAGUGAAUCAACUUGAACAAUCCUCCUCCUCCUCUUCUUCUUCUAUGGAUAGCAUUCAACCUUUUAUUGAUUUGAUUGGACGUCAUCAAACUUCAUUUUAUCGAUUUGUACACAAAGUCCAUACACAGACGGAAUCUCGACUAUUUACUGAUUUGAUAGAGUAUGUGGAUACAUGGAUGGGUCGUACAUAUCAAUAUGAUAACAAACCCAAAUGGAAAAUGGAUGCGUUUUGGAAAAAAUUAGAUUUGGAUCAUACACAAGAACAAGCUUUACGGAAAGAAAUCGAGACGAUUUGUGAAUACUAUUGUGCACGCAAGCUAUAUAGUGCGGAAAAACGACGACUCCGGGUACAAACAAUGAUAAAACAACAACAACAGGAAGUUUGGUCAGAAAACGAUGAUGAUGAUGACAAUAUAGACGAUGAUGAUGACAAUAUAGAUGAUGAUGAUGAUGAUCAUUGGAUUUCUAAUAAUGGACAGUACUUGGAUAACCAACCUAUACCCCCCUCCCCGCCUUUAGUUAGUUCAACUAGUAUGUUAGCUUACUUACUACCUACCUUUAUUAAUCAAGUCAUGCCCCUUCUUUCAUACGAAUAAAC